CCGAUACACCGCUCAAUCGCCCCGGCUUCGGACCAUGCUUACGACUCUCUUCGCUCAAGAUCUCUUAGCCUAGAUGCGUCCGCUUACAGGGGCUGCAUUAGUAUGCGCGACGCCAUCUCAUUGUACACGCCUCGUUCGACCCGGUCUUUUGAUGGCAAUGCGAGGUUCCAGAUUGUCCUGCAACAUUUAGUAGAUAUUAUCGACUGGAAUAGUGCUUCCCCGGCCCUCCCACAGAGGGAGCUUGAUAUUAACCCAUUUUGGACGGACACGCGUGAAGGGAGGAGCCUGGCAUCCGGCAAAGCCAGUGACUAAGGCUUGCGUCGUCCAGCAAACAGCAUAUAUUCGAAUCAAACUGGAUGGGCUCAGACUGAGACAAGUUGGUGCAGGCAUGUGUGAAAGGACAGGGAGAGAGCGGACGGGCGCUACGAGCUUUCUUUAACCCAGGACUUUGAAGUGUCGUCC